AUGGAAAACCAAGUCAUCGAUGCCACCUCCUUCGCCAAGCACCACCCAGGCGGCCCCAAAAGCAUAAUUUCUGCCAAGAACAGGGACAUCAGCGAAGACAUCAAGGCGCACUUCCCCCUCGCCGAGAAUCUCGCGCAGUCCAUGCUGAUCGGCUACGUGGGCAAGGAAAAGGAGAGACUACUGGACCCCUCCAAGCCCCUCGCCUACCAGAUCUGGCAGCUCUCUCAGGAGAAGUACAAGGAGGUGGUCAACGCGCCCCACUGGUUCUUCGUGCCUUCCCCCCGCCUCUUCGAAAGCGAGUUCUUCGAACGCCUCUCCUACAGCACCUGGUGGCACGUGGCAGUGAUCCCAGCCAUCAUCAUCCUCUAUAUGUUCACGCGAGAACAGCAAUGGGCAGGCUUUGACCCCCUCUCCGGACUUUUCAUGGCUGCCUUUGGCGUAAUCUGCUUCACGCUGGUCGAGUACCUGCUGCACAGGUUUAUCUUCCACGCCGAGUGGUACUUGCCCGACGUGAGGGUGAUCAGGAUGCUCCACUUCUUCCUCCAUGGUAUCCACCACAUGCUGCCCAACGAUCCGUAA